AUGCCCCGAUUUAAUCGACGGGAACAGCUGCCGCUCCACAUCAAGCGCGCCAUUUGCGCGCACCACGUCGAACACCCCGUCCUGCGCCAUGUCGACCUAGCUCGAUGGUGUUUCUCCCAGUACGGGUUGCGCCCGGAUCGCUCUACGAUCGGCCGCAUCCUAAAAACCGCCGAGCGAUGGGCUGUGACGUCCGACGGCGACAACCCGGUGCGCCGUCGGGGAGGCGCCUGGCUUGAGCUGGAGCAGGCCAUGGGGCGGUGGAUAGCAAACGCAGGACCCGCCGGUGUGCCCCUCACACUCCAAACCAUCCGCGACCAUGUCGCGGCGAUGGCCAGGAACAUGGGCAUUCCGCCCACCUUCCGAUGCUCGAUCGGCUGGGUGCGCCGUGCAUUGCGGCGCCAGGGCGUGAGAUGCCGUGCGGCACAGGGCGAGGCCGCCAGCGCAAAUAUGGCGGCCGUGCGCGACGCCCGUGAGAAGAUGCCGCGACUCCUCACGCAGCUCGGCGUCGCCCCGCGGGACACCUUCAACCUCGACGAGACUGCUCUCUGGCUGUCGGUGCUUCCGCGGCGCACGUACAGCAGCGGCCGCAUACCAGGCCGCAAGGUCUCGAAGGAGCGAUUGACCGUCGCAUUCCUCGUGAAUGCGGACGGUAGCCAUGCAUUCCGACCGCUUGUGAUCAGCAAGGCGAAGAGGCCGCAUGACUUUCGGCCCGACUACGACCCUGAGGCGCUAUGCUACUGGCGCCAUAACGCCAAAGGCUGGAUGACCUCGCCAUUAUUCACACAUUUCAUUACUCAUCUCAACGCGGCGAUGUUUGCCGAGGGUCGCAAAAUAGUGGUGCUGCUGGACAACGCGAGCAGCCACAUGCUGCGCUCUCAAGAUGCAUGGAGCGAGAUCGUGUGCGGCGUCAGGACCACGUGCAUGAGCCACGUGCGGCUUGUCUUCCUGCCGCCCAAUACCACGGCAUUCACUCAGCCGCUUGACCAGGGCAUAAUCGCCACCGCGAAGGCCCGCUACCGUCAGCAUUGGCUGCGGGCCUUCUCGGGUUUAUGGAACGCCGACGGAGCGACUUCCGCGGUCGCUCGAUUCCGGCCGAAUCUGCGAGAUGUGCUCGAGUGGCUGUCGGAGUCGUGGACCUCCGUCGGCGCGCGCACCAUUCAACGGUGCUGGUGGCGCACGGGGUGUCUUCCCCUCUCGUGGUCACUGGAGCUGCCGCACGUGCAUGACGAUGAGCCCAUCCCCGCAGCUUAUCCCGACAUCGAACUCGACGAUGACAUCGAUGAUGUCGGGACGCUUAUUAACAGGCUCGCCCUCGGGGAUGCGGCAAUGACGGCGGCGGAAUACGUCGCCAUCGACGACGCGGAGCCCACGUGUGCGGAAGGCACGACACACCCGCCCGCCGUCUACGACGACGCCGACCCCGUGUGCCGUGAAGCGCGCCGCACUGCUCGUGCGGCGUGCGAGAUGCUCAUCGGCUACGCCCGGGCCACCCGCAUCACUCCGCGCGAUCUGUGCGCUCUUUUCGACAUCCGCAAUCCAAUCAUAAUCGCGCGGAUGGAGCGGGCGAGCCCGGGAUUCAAUCUCAACGUGGCGCCGCAGCCCGUACCCUCCCCCGGCGCAACCCCCACUCCCGAGACCCCUCGUCCGCGGGGCCGUGUGCUGCCCGACUGGAUGACCCGCCCGUCCCGCCGUCAGCAGCUGCUUGAUGCCGGGGUGGGCGCCGUGAUGGACGGCUAUGUGGAUGCAGCUGAAUGGAUGCGUCUGUGA